UGCAUCGUGCCCUGCUCCAGCUCAGUCCUCUCUGUGUGUCUGUGUCGUGAUGGCGGAGGACAGUGAGUCGGCGGCCAGCCAGCAGAGCCUGGAGCUGGACGAUCAGGACACCUGCGGUAUAGACGGCGACAACGAGGACGAGGCCGAGCAUGCUAAGGGGAGUCCAUCCGGGGAUCUUGGAGCUAAAAAGAAGAAGAAGAAACAAAAGAGGAAAAAGGAAAAGCCAAAUUCUGGGGGCACCAAGUCGGACUCUGCGUCUGAUUCUCAAGAAAUUAGGACGCAACAGCCUUCCAAGAUGGGACAGGACAGGAUCAAAGAAGAGGAGGAUAUCAUGAACCCUGCCAUCCCAAUGCAAAAGCUCCAGGAUAUUCAGAGAGCCAUGGAGCUACUUUCCGCCUGCCAGGGACCAGCGAAGAACCUUGACGAGGCAAGCAAACGUAAAUACCAGUUUUGGGAUACGCAGCCUGUACCGAAACUUAACGAAAUUAUAACCGGUCAUGGUCCGAUUGAACCCGACAAGGACAACAUACGCCAAGAGCCAUACUCUCUGCCUCAAGGUUUCAUGUGGGACACAUUAGACAUGAGCAACGCUGAGGUGCUAAAAGAACUUUACACGUUGUUGAACGAGAAUUACGUGGAGGAUGACGAUAACAUGUUCCGGUUUGACUAUUCUCCAGAGUUCCUACAAUGGGCGCUGCGUCCUCCGGGCUGGUUGUCUCAGUGGCACUGUGGUGUAAGAGUGUCUUCCAACAAGAAAUUAGUUGGCUUUAUAAGUGCGGUUCCUGCGACCAUCCGUAUUUACGACACUUUAAAGAAGAUGGUAGAAAUCAAUUUCCUUUGUGUCCAUAAAAAGCUGCGAUCAAAGCGCGUGGCUCCAGUCCUCAUCCGAGAGAUAACCCGGAGGGUGAACCUGGAGGGCAUUUUCCAAGCCGUUUAUACAGCAGGGGUUGUUCUACCAAAGCCGGUGUCAACAUGCAGGUACUGGCAUCGCUCCUUGAACCCUAGGAAAUUGGUAGAGGUGAAGUUCUCUCAUCUAAGUCGAAAUAUGACGUUACAGAGGACGAUGAAAUUGUACAGACUGCCAGAUGCCACAAAGACUGCGGGGCUAAGAUCAAUGGAGAAGAAAGACGUCCCGAUGGUCCAGCAGUUAGUAAAUAACUAUUUGAGCCAGUUUCACCUCGCUCCAGUCUUGGAUGAAGAGGAGGUGUCACACUGGUUGUUCCCUCAGGAUCACAUUAUUGAUACCUUUGUGGUAGAGAGCUCUAACGGCGUCCUGACGGACUUCUUCAGUUUUUACACAUUACCUUCCACAGUCAUGCAUCAUCCUGUGCAUAAAACCCUCAAAGCAGCUUAUUCCUUCUACAACGUCCACACGGAGACGCCUCUGCUGGAGCUAAUGAACGACGCACUGAUUAUCGCCAAAUUAAAAGGAUUUGAUGUGUUCAACGCUCUUGAUCUGAUGGAAAAUAAGACUUUCUUGGAAAAGCUGAAGUUUGGCAUAGGUGACGGUAAUUUGCAGUACUACUUGUUCAACUGGAGAUGCCCGGCUAUGGAGUCUGAAAAGGUCGGCCUGGUGUUACAGUAAACCCCGCCAUAGUAGACCUUCUCAGUCAUUGGACUCGUGAGUCAGGAGCUGCUCUUCAGGAAAGCACAAAGUGACUGCAGAUGCUGGAGCCGGGUGGUGUGAAGGACGCAGCGGCCGGGGAGCUUUGCCAUCGCCCAGACGUUAUACAGCGCCGUCGUCAUUUCCUUCCGGCGCACACACUUUAUUUACAGAAGAAAAUCCACCCCACAGAGCGAAAGUCAAGCUGAAGCACACAUUCCUAUACGUUUGGAAAGGGUUAAACUGUUCAAGGACACGACCGGUCCUGCGGUCUUCACAUCACCAUCCUUUUUUAUAUGGAUCGGACUACGGAUUGCAUGUAAAAUAAACUUUUUUCCGAUUUGGCAAUGCACCGUCGACUGGAGCGUCUCCACUAUGCGGUUGUCAGAGGGCCAGAAAUAAAUGACAGUGGAUGGCUGGUCAGUGCCGCCCGGUGUCUGUAAUGUUAGCGCCCACCCUGGUUUUUGCUUUAAAGCUUGUCUGUGUCAUUAAAUCCGGGAAAUCGGCAGUCGCCGGGAGAAGAGUCAGUCCAAGGAUCACCGAGCCGCAUCUCUCAAAUUGGCAAUACUAAAAUCUGGUCAUUUGUUAAAAAAAAACUAUGGGCGAGCUGGUGUCAUGUUUCUAGUAAAUGCGGUAAGAACAUUCGCCAUGUGCUCAGCGGUGUCGCCUUCAUGUCCUCCAGAUUAUUCCUUCUUCUGACGUU